CCCAUCUGGGUUCUUGUUUUUUUUCAGACCCUGCCUGUCUGCGCUGCGUUUGAGAACGAAUAACCUCAGAACGUUGGCAGGGAUGCCACAGUUGAUGCUUCACUAACGAUAACAGCACCGUAGGGCUUCCUGAUACCGUGGCACAGGCCUCGUCAAACAUGUAGAUGUGAACACUAACAACCUGCCACUCACUAAUGCAGUGCUUACAGGUGUCCAGGGAACAGGUACAACUAUGCUUCUCCAUGGCAAGCCCUUCCCUCCGUGCCCCUACUAACCUGCAUGGUGUGGGUGCCUUUAAGAACCACGAGGACUGAUCACCUGGCCCUUUUAUACACCUCUAAGAACAGCUUCACAAAAAUGUCUUUGGAGUGGCUGAUGGACUGGAGCUGGUCACUGGAUGGACUCCGGGACUUUAUAGCUACAGGGAUCCAGUCCUUCCGGGACUGUGACACCACUGCACUGACUGCUGUCGCUUGCCUCUUGGUCCUGUUUGUUUGGUACUGUUACCACGUUGGCAGGGAGCAGCCCCGCACGUAUGUCACUGUGAAUUCCCUCAUGCAGAGCUCCGAUGCCAAUGGCUUGCAGAACGGGUACGCUUACUGCCACUCCCCCGCGUGUGUGCGCUGCGCACGUAACGAUGGGCUUAACCAGAAACUCUAUCACAAUCUGCAGGAAUAUGCCAAGCGCUACUCCUGGUCUGGCAUGGGCAGGAUCCACAAGGGGAUCCGAGAGCAAGGGCGUUACCUAAACAGCCGACCAUCCAUCCAGAAGCCAGAAGUCUUCUUCUUACCAGACUUACCAACAAUGCCCUAUUUCUCACGGGACGCUCAAAAACACGACGUGGAGUUACUGGAACGCAACUUCCAGACCAUCCUGUGUGAAUUCGAGACCCUCUACAAAGCUUUCUCAAACUGCAGCCUCCCGCAAGGAUGGAAAAUGAACAGCACGCCCAGCGGGGAGUGGUUCACCUUUUACCUGGUGAACCAGGGCACGUGCGUUCCCAAGAACUGCAGGAAAUGCCCACGGACGUAUCGCUUACUUGGGAGCCUCCGCACCUGCAUUGGCAACAAUGUCUUUGGGAACGCGUGCAUCUCUGUGCUGACCCCUGGCACGGUCAUUGGGGAGCACUAUGGCCCAACCAACAUCCGCAUACGAUGCCAUUUAGGUCUGAAGACUCCCAGCAACUGCGAGUUGGUGGUGGGUGGCGAGCCCCAGUGCUGGGCUGAAGGCCGAUGCCUCCUGUUUGACGAUUCCUUUCUGCACACUGCAUUUCACGAAGGUCCCCCCGAAGAGGGCCCUCGUGUGAUCUUUAUGGUGGAUUUGUGGCACCCGAAUGUUGCAGCUGCCGAGCGCCAAGCCCUUGAUUUUAUCUUUGCUCCAGGACGAUGAUCGUGCUUCUUUGCCAUAGUGGGUUCGAGGGCAGGUGGCUGGCCUGCCGGGGCUUUGCCUCAUGCAGCCCCGCUGCGGUUCCAUCUCCACCCGUGGGAGCCUGCCUCACGGGAAACCUUUCUCAUCGCACAUACAGUGUUGGGUUUUCCCCUCUCCGGGGUUACUGUCAAUGGAAGCUUCCAACUUGCAUUACCUUACGGUCUCUUUCUUUCCAUCAUUGCUUCAGGGAUUUCUUUCCGCCAUGAGAGUGCAUUAUUUUCACUCUGGGAUUUCGCUGCGGUACCACUGUAGUCUGUGUUAUGUUGCGACUGUGUUUGCAGUGUUCAGAAUUAGAGUAACAAAAUGGAGGGUGUUUGUUUGAAUGUAAUAAUGUAACAUUUCUUGUGGUCGCCAAACAAAGUCAGCUAAGUGUUGUGCUCAGCCUGUCUUUGUCACUGUUCACAGUCACCGGGUGGACAACUCGGAGAGCCCGAUGGAAAUGGCCGAGGAGCACGGUGGGCUCCCUGCUCCUUUGUGCAGAAUAACUUCUCUGGGGCAGAGCGCGUUCAGACCCAUUGCAAACCCGAAGCUGAAGAGGGUGAUGGUGCUUUGCAAACACAAGCUCUGUGCUAGCACAUGGCAUUGGGGCUGUGGGGCCAGAGGCUUUUAAAAACAUUUUCCUCCAGUGUGUGAAUAGCACGGCAGGUGGCUGCCUAGGGCUGGGAUGACGGCUCCAGUGCAUUCGAGAAGAAGGUGUCUGGCCCUGAGCCUGCUGCCACAAGCCCUUGCUUGGUCAGAUUGGCUGGGAACACACAAAACAGCCUUUCUGGUGCUUUCAGCUGAGCUGAAAGCGACCAAGGGGCUCAACCCCAGGCAGCUGAGUAACUUAGACGCUGCCCGGGAGAGUCACAUAGAAAACCUGAACCUUAAGUUUGACCAAAGGUUUUUGUUAAUUGGCCUAAACCCCUCCCAGAGCUGUUACCUUACGCUUUUAGCGCCCCGGGCUGGGAUAGACACACCAGCUGGUGGGGCAAAGGGAUGAGUUGUAUGAAAGUAGCGAGGAACCGCAUGAGUUGCCCAAGCCCCCGAGGAAGUUGGUCUGUGUCUGGUUCUCAGUCUCCUCUCCCAGUGCGCGGAACGGUAGAGCAUCAAACUGCCCUCCGCAGGGGGUAUUUAAUAACUUCUAGUUCUAGAGCAGAAGGGAAAUCGCCUUCUGCCUACCUGUAAGAGUCGUGUCCACCAGCUCAACUAUGUGUUUUUCUUGGAGAGUAUCUAAUUGUCUGUGUGUCUCAGUACAGAGCUAAUGUCAGGUGUAUAAUGUGUAACACAGCAUGUCAUGUAUACAGCCAAAUGUACUUACUGUUCUGACUGGAAAGCAAAUGUGAUAACGGGUAACUGCUGGAGGAGGAAAAUGAGUCUGCGAGGGUCCCUGGAUUACUCACUACUGAAUGAUGUACAAGGGAAAGUAUACACCUGAGUUCAAAUGAGUUUUCUACACAGAUUUUUCAGUGAUUAAAUUGCAAGAUAAGGUAGAAGUUUCAAAUACAUGAAGUAUUUUUACACAAAUAUCUUCUUAAAAGAAUACGUGACGUGCAUGAUUUCUACGCACAUUGAAUACUUUGUGAUAGAAUUACAAAGGAAGCAGGCUGACUCGGUAACUGUGUUACAGUUUGGUACCAGUACAUAAGGAAGACUAUC